GUUUCGGCCCCUUUAAGAAGUUGAGCUGUCCAGCACAGCUGGGAUUUCAACACGGACAGAUAGCGCAAUGAAGAGCAGCGUCGACCCGUCAUCAUGUGCACCGGGCUUCCGAGGACUGCCUGUCCGCUGCGACUUUUUGCCCUCUGCAUCCUUCUCUCCCACGCAGCAGCCUAUUUCGGCCUUACAGGUCGCGAGCCACUGGUUUUUCUGCCCGGUCCAUUUGCCAACGAGCCUACGAACGGUAAAGCGCACCUGAAACAAUGCGAGCAGAUGACUUUGACGCGCCGGCAAAAGCGCUUGUGCCGGAGAGAACCGGGGCUGGCGGAGACUCUGAGGGAAUCUGUCCGCCUCAGCCUGCUGGAGUGCCGCUAUCAGUUCCGCAACGAGCGCUGGAACUGUAGUAUGGAUGGCCGUGGAAGCCUUUUAAAACGAGGCUUUAAAGAGACGGCCUUCCUGCUCGCGGUGUCGUCGGCGGCGUUGUCGCACGCGCUGGCCAAAGCGUGCAGCUCGGGGCGGAUGGAGCGCUGCACCUGCGACGAUUCUCCUGGCCUGCAGCACCGCGAGGCCUGGCAGUGGGGCGUAUGCGGCGACAACCUCAAAUACAGCACUAAGUUUCUCAAGAAAUUCUUGGGGCAAAAACGGGUCAGCAAGGACCUGCGUGCCCAAAUCGACGCUCACAACAUUAACGUCGGCAUCAGGGCUGUCAAGAGUGGUCUCAAAACUACUUGUAAGUGUCACGGUGUUUCCGGUUCGUGUGCUGUGAGAACAUGCUGGAAGCAGCUCUCCCCUUUUCAAGACACAGGCCAUCUUCUGAAGUAUCGCUAUGACACAGCUGUUCGAGUGCAUAGCGUUACCAACUCCGCUACUGGAGAGACAGAGCUGGCAAGCCCACGGCGCCACAGCAACACAGGUCCCCGUCUGCGACCCACCGAGCUGGUAUUUCUGGAGGAGUCACCCAGCUUUUGCAGGCCUUCGCGGUACUCCCCUGGGACGGCCGGCAGACCAUGUUCAAAGGACACUAGCUGCAGCAGUCUUUGCUGCGGACGGGGCUACAACACGGCCCUCCGCCUCACCACCCUCUCCUGCCACUGCCAGGUCCGCUGGUGCUGUCACGUCGAGUGUCAAACCUGCCUCCGAGAGGAAGAGGUCUACACCUGCAAGAAACACUGAUAGCAAGAAGGAGACUGGACAUUGAGGAAGUUCGAGGAAUUUUUAUGCGUCGGCCAGACAACUAGUAGAAGUGUGAGAGGUUGUGAUAAGGGAAAAGAUGUUGAGGAUGAUCUGCCAGUCUUACCUGGCCUAAUUGAAAUGGAUAAACCAAACUCUGGGCUCCCACAUGGAGUUCCAAACAAAAGUUUAGGAGGAACGUGUUAAUUUAAUACGACCAAUCAGUACCUGAACAAGCAUAUAUAAGCCACUGCUUACUCACUUCUGCCUAUGACAGUUCUUCCAGCGUUCCUCCACCACCCCAGCUCCAGCUCAGUUAUCAGUUAUCACAGACAAGAAAAUACUACUUUCCGGCUUGGGUCAAGUCUCUAGCUCAAUCCAUUUACCGUGGAAAGCAAGUGAAAUAUGUACACCUCCUCUUCACUGAAGAGUACAUGAACCCGUUAAGGCAUGAUACAAGUGGGGGCAAACCUGUCUCCAGAGAAUUUGUGAGAUGCUUGACUAGAUUGAAAUUUGCUCUUCUGCUGUCAAGGAAACUAAAUGGGAUGUUCCAUAUGUUUCCUAGUUUAUUGGAGGUUUGAAAUGAACCAGGCCACUUUUUUUUUCUUCUGCAGCAAUAAACCAACCUCACUGGGAGGUUGCCUGUUGAACAGUCUGUGUUGAUCGCACACGUGUGGCAGUGGACUAGAGAUCUGCAAUGUGUAGUUAUACUCAAAUUGAUAGUUUGGAAGUGAGCUUGUACUGCUUGUACUGUAUAUCUCUCUAUUGCUCUGAGAGUCCACAUAUGGCUUCAAAAUAUACUGCGAGUAUGAAGCACUUAUCAAUGCAUUUAUUUGUUAAUAUUACGAUAGUCUUUUAUAUGUAGUGAAGAAAGUACUUGUGUCUGUUACGGUAUUUACAGUAAUAAUGCUUAAAAAAGGUGGGGGAGUGGUCGUGCUGAUAAACUGGAAAUCUACUGGGACACAUAGACUUCUAAUGAAUGUUAGAGAAAGUUAUAUAAUAAGAAAUGUUUUAUAUAUUGAAUGGCCAUUAAAUGGCUGUAUCUGGUAAUAGAUAGGAUUGUAUUUAUCGCAAUUAGAUAAAACCCAUCAACUGCUGCACCGACUUUAAGUACACUUACUGGUGUAUUCCAGACUGCAUUCACAAAUUUUACACCUUUUUAUUUACAUUUGUCAUAUUGCUGCAUGAUUUCCUGCUUUUCCCGUGUAGAAGAAUGCCAAAAACACAAGCAUUAGGGACCGAUGAGAACGAAAGUGUGUCAUUACAGCAUGACCCAAACAUCACCUCUCCUAUACAGAUGUGCAAACAUCUGGGCUUCUGAGUAUGUAGCCUUUAUUCUACGUUUCCCAUCAAGGGCAAUGAGAGUGAGUAUGUCCCAUCCAGAACAAAGGAAAGCAUCUCCUUCCCUAGUAAGCAAGGCUCUCUGGCCUAUAAAUUCUGCAAGCCCUUUCAUGUGUAUGAAGCCUUUGAUAAAGUCCAUUCCGGUCCCUUAUUAGCCCAUUACCAAUCAGAGCAAAUAACAGUGCUUUUUCUUCAGAAUGUGCUGAAAGCAGAAAGAUUUGAAAGUAGGUAUGCUGGAAGCCCAAUUGAGGCCUUUGUCACAGGGAUAUUUAAUUAAAUUUUUAUUUUUUGUUUAUUUUUAGCUUCAUUUUUAUGUAUUAAAUUAGCUGUUUAUUUUACAGUUCUUAGUUGUUUGGUUUGGUUUGGUUUCGAAGACCAAAUACCAGUGGAAAUGUUGAAAAUCAGUUCUGUAGGUGCACUGCACGUAAAGGCACAUUUUAACUCAGACACAAAGUGUUACUCAUAAUUCUUUUCUGUUAAAAUCAAACAUUACAUGCAUUUAUUCACUUAAUAACUGAAACUCAAAUUGAAAGUAUGAGAAUGUGAGCAUGCACAUGCCUACUUUUCUGUGUGUGUGUGUGUGUGUUUGUGUGCAUGGUGAUUCUGGGAAGGCAGAAAACUGCCGUAAAAUUGGCCACAUCAAUCAAGUGAAAGAAAGUCCAAGCGUUCAGUGACAUGCCAUUCAGCUGAAGCAUUCGUAAUGUCUAAAACGUUUGCUUCAGGGUUUCACUCUGACUCAGUUGAAGUUCAUAUGCAUGGUAUGAAAGUUUUCACCUGUAAUUGAUUCAGUUUCUAUGAAAGAGACUGUACUGAAGAAAGAGAGUUCUCACACUGAUUCAGCACAUGCAAAUAUCUGAAACCACAACGGUGGCUGUGAAAAUCCAAAUGAGAUUGUUUCCUACUUCUUAAUGUGUGUGUUUGUGGAUGUGAGUGUGCUUCUCUGCUGCAACUGAUGAAAUGGCAACAUUUAUAGCACAGACAUCCCAAAUGAACCUUCUCUGUCAACCAGCGGGUUAUGGAGUCUAUGUGUUUGUUUGUGUUGUCAUAGCUUUAACAGUGUAAUGUUUCACUUCGUGAUUUCACGCCGGGGAUUUUUGCUACUACCUCACUCGGUCUAUGGGGGAAAUUAAAUACUAAGAUGUUUUUUUCUUACUAGAUAUUUAAGACAAUGCUUCUUUUAAAAGCUUUAGCCUGAAAUACAGAUGCAUUUACUCUUUUUUUUUACUUUUGUGACCUAUUUCCUUAUUUAAGAACCAAUUUAUCAUAUUCAA